AUGGAGCGGAAGCUGGACAAAUACAGGAAGAGCCUUUCAAUGAGACCAGAUUUCAAUUUGCUCGACUUCUGGAGGUUGUUCGACACCGCUGGCAAAGGGUAUUCGACAGCGAGGGAAGUGGAGGAUGCUAUGAGUGCUCUCCAUGUUCAUGUCACACCCCAUGAAGCUCACUUGUUUAUCAAGCAAUAUUCUAAAGCUGGAGACGGCAAAAUCCGAUACGUCGACAUCUGCAACGCUUUCAUGCCGAAGGAUCAACGCUAUGCUGACAUCAUGCAGAACCGACUUCCGGAUUACAGGCAGUACCAGUGCAUGAGUCCCCAGAAACACAUGUCGACCGAAACACGAAAUCUGGUGGCCGAGGUCUUUCACCUCCUCGUUGUGUCUGAAGUGCAGUCUGAAUCGAUGAGGCAUCAAUUCGCGUCUCAGAAUUUGUGGCAAACUUUCAAGUUGCUUGACAAAGACAAUGAUGGAUAUAUCACAGUUGACGAAUUCAAAAGCGCGCUCCGUGACAAUAACGUCUACGCUUCCGAGAAUGAAGCCAAGGCUUUACUUGCGCGCUACGACACAUCCAUGGAUGGACGCGUUUCCUACGCGGAGUUUGUCAAUGAGCUGGGCGUCACCCGCUGCCCACGAAAUGUAUGCAAGUUCGCGUGCACAUGCCCCGUGUAG